AUGAAAUAUCCCUACGCUCGCGAGCAGCAUUAUGCUGAGCUAGCCGUCUUACGAGCCUCGAUCCUCACAAAGCGCGUUCAAUCUACUGUCAGCGAGAUCUCCAAAUACGACGACUCGCCAGUUACUAUUGCCGACUUUGGAGCGCAGGCCCUUCUCAUCAAGGUUCUUCAUGAUGCCUUCCCAAAUGAUAAAUUCUUGGGAGAGGAAGACUCGGCUGUUUUGAGAGCUGACGUUGCUCUCAGGGACAAGGUUUACGAUCUUGUGUCAUCCACUAUAGGAGUGAGUGAUUCGCAGACCUAUGGUGCUUUGUUGCCUAAGCCAACUUCUGUGGAGGAAAUGUUGGAUUUAAUUGACCUUGGCGGGCGUGGAACUGGGGGCGAUAAGGGUCGUUUCUGGGUUAUGGACCCCGUCGACGGCACUGCCGCAUUCUUGAAAGGUCACCAAUACGCAGUUUCUCUGGCUCUUAUUGAGGACGGGCGAGAAGUGGUUGGUGUUCUAGGGUGCCCAAACGUUGGGGCCAAAAUGACCCGACUUUCUGAGGAAAAUGUCGAGAAAAAUGGUCUUGGUAUCAUGCUCACUGCUGUUCGAGGUCAAGGCUCGUCUAUUCGGAAUAUGACUUUGUAUGGGCUUGAAAACGCCAUUUCUCUACAGAGACUUGCGCCUUUAAGCUCUAAAAAGCUACAUAUCAUCGACUGCGCCGCUGCCUCAGACUGCCGCCACGAUGUUAUCGCUCGCCUCGCUGAUGCUUUCGGCGCGAUAUUCCCAAAUACAGAGAUUUGGUCAUCCCAUAUUCGAUACGCGGCGCUCAUCGUCGGUGGCGGUGAUGUUCAACUUUUAGUGCCAGCUAGCCCAACAUGCAAGAUGCAUACAUGGGAUCAUGCAGGCGCGCAGUUGAUUUUCACCGAGCUAGGAGGAAAGGUAACAGAUCUGGAUGGAAAAAUUAUAGACUUUGGCGCCGGGAGAGAUCUCAACCGGAAUAGGGGGCUAGUUGCAGCGAGGGGAAAGAUCCAUAAAUCUGUGCUUGACACGAUGAGGAAUAUACUGGAAGACAGUGGAAAAGGAAAGAGCCAAUUGGAUUAA